AUGACGGGGAUGCAGGGACAUCUGCACUUUUGGGGUCAGGCCUCGUCUAGGGCACUAAAGCUGGAACUCCGAUCGAUCCGAAGGGUGGGGACUCGCCAGGGCUACCGCACGCCUGGUUACAGCUUUCGUCGACCCCCCGGUGCCUCCUGGCUAUUUGGAACAGCUUUAGUCUUGGACGGCGUCGACCUGAAAGUGUUCGAGCACAAGGUGACCGUUCUGCUGGGUCAAAACGGCACGGGCAAGACAACCCUUAUGAAGAUCUUGACAGGCGCACUCGGGGGGCCGACGAGUGGCAGGGUGAUGGUGUGCGGCCACAGUGUGUACACCAGCCCAGAGUUGGUGCGCAGGGAGGUCACACUGUGCCAGCAGUCUGACGUCUUUUUCGAGGACCUGACAUGCGGGGAGAAUGCCAUUUACUUCGCUACCCUUAAGGAUACCAACGGUGGUGACGUGAAGCAAGCCACGGCGAACAUGCUGGAGAAACUGGGCUUGAAAGACGUGGGACCCAAGAUGCCCGGAGAGAUUGCUUGCGAAACGGCUCGAAUGCUAAGUCUAUCCAUCGCCAUCGCUUCGAAGCCCAAGCUUCUGAUGCUUGACGAACCUUGCUCGGACCUGACCCCUAAUACUCGCCGGAAAAUCUGGGACCUGCUGCAGCAGAUUGGGAGAGAGAGAACAGUUCUGUUGACCUCGCACGACAUGGACGAGGCCGACGUCAUUGCUGACCAGAUCAUCAUGCUGGCUGCAGGAAGGAUCAUUUGCAGCGGUUCGACUACGUUCCUCAAGAAAGCUUGCGGUGUUGGGUACAGGGUGACCCUCCUUAAAGAUCCCCGGCUAUUCAACCUGAAGGACGCGCUCGCCACUGUUCAAAGCGUCGUCCCCGGUGCUGACGUGUACGAAGACAAGCAAAGCGCCGUCACUAUCAGACUACGCACGCUCGACCAUCGUGGACUCCCGGGUCUGUUCGAGAGGCUGGAAAAUUCGUCGAAGCAGCUUGGUGUCGUCGACAUUGGAGUCACUGUCGCCACCAUGAAGGACGUCUACACCAAGAUAAACAUGAACUGGACACCGGAAGAGAAACGACCGGAAGCCCAAGAAGGGGACGAAGUCGUCGGCGUCUUGUGUAGGUCGGCGUCCAAACAGGAGCGCACGCUGGCACGCUGCUUCUACGCGUUGUUCAUCAAGCGUCUCACGUACGCGACUCGGAGCUGGGGCAUCUUCGUCGUGUCGUUCCUGGUGCCGAUGGUGCUUCCGCGGCUGCUGUUGCAGGACGAACUGGGGUCAAAGGAACCGCAAAAUGACGCGGACCUGUUCCGGCUGACCGAAACGACGGAGAUUCGUCUGGCGCACUACUUUCCCGGCUACACAGUCGUACUGCAGGAGUCGAAAUCCAUGGCCAAUUUGAGUCGGGCGCUGCAGGUUCUCGUAGAGGCUGAAGGUUGCAACGUCCGGCUGGUACCGGACGUCAACAACCUGGUCGUGGACGACUUCGCGGCUUACGUGCAAACGUACCCGAUGGUUAUUGUCCUAGAACCAGACAGAAUCCGUCUCAUGGUCGACACGAGGAACUGGGCCACCUUGCCAGUGCUUCUGAACCUCGCAGACACGGCGAUGCUGCGCUUGCUGACACGUCAACCGGCGGUCCGCAUCGCUGCCCACAUUUCCCAGAUGCAGCUCGUCGUCGAAGAGCUGCCUCAGCUUAUGUGGGUGUCACUGCACGCCUUCUCGUAUGCCCUGGCCUUCUCGGCGUUCGCCGCGUUUCCAGCCGCCGAGAGGCUGGGUGGCGCUCGCGACGUUCAGCUCAUGACCGGUUUGACGGGCAGCGUUUACGUGCUGUCGCACUUUGCUUUCGACUUUCUUCUCUACGUUGCCUUCGUCGGUCCGUGGUGCCUGAUCAACUGUGGCAUCCAGGGAAUCCUGGAAGGCACUUGCAUGCUCAUCUUCGCCACGUUCGUGCUGUCUGCUCCCGCGAUUAUAGGUACGGUGUACCUGAUCGCGGAGCGGGCACUCACCGAAUUGGGAGCCAUGUACAGCGCGGUUCUUUGGAUUUAUUUGCCUGGUUUCGUACUGCUCUUCAUCUACUCGAUUGACGAAGAUUGGUUGAAAUACAUGGCAGCCCUUUUCCCACCCUGGGCCCUGGUGUCUUGCGUCAUCAAGAUCUCGAACCAAGCCGCCACUGUAAAGCUGUGCGACCGACCGAGGCGGCUGCCGACACGGGCGCGUCGUCCGGAUGCCGCGACCGCCACCCGACUGUCCUUUGCUAGACGCUCCAUCUUCCCGAGUGGGAGAGGAGGUGAUGCUCUCAAACACGUUGCAAACACGUGGCGCGUAGAGCGAAAAGGACAGGAAAAGAAUAUGGCUAAAGUUGCUCAGGUGCAUUGUAACCUGCGAGGAAGGUACGGUGCGCAGGCAUUCGGAUUUUUCUCACGAAAUUGCCAAGUCUACUUCCAUGUACUAACGCAAAAUCUUGAUUUAGGGUAAUAAGCGAGUCACUACAAAAAUAUAGAACAAUCGCGUAAGAGAGAUGUGAGGA